AUGAGUUGCGAAGCGUUUGAGCCCGGAACCAAGCUGGAGUGCCUCGUCGAGAUGCCCGUCAGGGUCAACAUGGGCGCCCCGGUGGAGGGCGCCAGCCACAUGAUCCAGGUCGGCGAUAUCGGCGAAGUUACCAUCGUCCGCCGCACUGGCGCCGGCCUGCACUGGCUGGUCGUCAGGUGGGAGCGCUUGGGCCGCACCUUCAACCUCAACCCGGACCAGUUCGACCGCGUCAAGAUCGCCAGCUAG